CUAUCGCCUGCAUCAUCCAAAAUGGCGACAGUAGAGGAUGAUACUUUGGAAACUUUAUUAAGUAAGAUUACUAAUCCAUCAAACCAAGAUGAAGAUACGGACGUUAUUAUGGCAUUUUGCGAUCAAGUCAACAAACAUCUAGAAGGUCCCCAAAUUGCCAUUCGCCUACUCGCUUACAAAGUACAAUCGCCUCAAGAAAGAGAAUGUUUGCAUGCAUUAUCUACUCUGGAAGCUUGCGUAAGGAAUUGUGGUAAAAGAUUUCAUCAAGAAAUUGGAAAAUUUCGUUUUCUCAAUGAAAUGAUUAAACUAGUAUCUCCUAAAUACGCAGGACCGUAUACUACAGAUAAAGUUAAGAAAAAAGUUAUAGAGUUAUUAUACAGUUGGGCAAAAGGUUUGAAACAAGAAACUAAAAUUAUGGAGGCCUAUCAAAUGUUGAAAAAGCAAAAAAUUGUUAAAGACGAUCCGACAUAUAUUGAUCAGCAUAUCGAUAUCUUGGUUCCUCCCACUCCUGAAAAAGAGCGCAAUUCCAUAUUUAAUGACGAUACAAAGUCGAAGCAAUUGCAAAAAUUACUCAGUAGUAAAAAUCCAGAAGAUUUACAGGCAGCUAAUCGUUUAAUUAAAAAUAUGGUUAAGCAAGAUGCUGAAAGAAUGGAAAAGAUAUCUAAAAGAACAUCAGAGUUGGAAACUGUGAAUAACAAUGUUAAGCUGUUGAACGAAAUGCUCAAUGUUUAUCACAAUGCAAACACAGCUCAGUCAGAUCGAGAGAUUAUGAAAGAAUUAUAUGAUAAUUUAGAAAAGGCGAGACCAAAUUUGUUCAGGUUAGCCAGCGAUGCAGAUGAACAAGAUAAUGAUGGUAUUAAUCAAAUAUUGGAAACAAACGAUUCUGUCGCUAGAGUUAUGACUUCGUUCAAAGAAAAAAUAUCAACCGAUGCAAAUUGCUCUACAGUUGCGGCAACAAACAAUGAUCCCUCUUCGUUACUUGACUUGGACUUCGGUGCUAAGAAUUCAGUAGAUAUUUUGCGAACGCAGCUUGAUGAGCUAGGAUUAAAUACAAAACUGGAGACGACACCACAAUUAGAACCUACCACUACAUCUGAACAAAAAGAUGAUGACUUGGUCCAAUUAGGCGAUAUUUUCUCCAAUAGCCAAACUACAUCAAUAUUUGGUUCAAACACUAGUAACCAAAUGGCCAAUCCUCCAAUUUACAACCCACCAGUUUAUCAACCACUAUCAAAUAUUGGUAGUACAGCUACGGGCAGUAUUCUGACUCCAUCGACACAAUCAGCUUUUAGCUCAACAAAUAGUACGAAACCGAAAGCCACCAUUGGAACAAACGCCUUUGAUGAUUUGGAUAUUCUUGGAAAAUCCCUAACAACUGAGAAUAGCAAACCCGCAACGUUUGAUCAGAAACCGGAGGCUAAAACUCUAGCUGAGCUGCAACAAAUGAAAGUGUCAUCCGAAAGUCCGAAUAGUAAAAGCCUUAUUGACGAUCUGCCAAUGUUAAUUCCCAAUUCUAGUCCUCCAGAGCCAGUGACUUUAGACAACGUUUUCGUUGCAUUAGAUACUAUUCAAUUCGCCUCAACAACACCCUUAGUUGGCUACGAUAAGAAUAAUGUUCGAGUUAUGAUAAAUUUCACAAAAAAUACAGUUGCCGACAGGCCUGAUGUAGCUGUAUUCGUUGUAUCAACAUUAAGUACAAGUUCUGCCCAAUUAACGUCUUUUUCAUUUCUCGCUGCUGUUCCUAAGGCAAUGAAAAUUAAAUUACAACCCGCAUCCUCAACUUCAUUAGCAGCAUUUAAUCCAAUAGUACCCGCCUCCCCUAUUACACAAGUCAUGCUGAUUUCCAAUCCAAAUAAGGAUAAAAUAAAGUUGAAAUAUAAAAUUACUUAUAAACUCGGAGAGGAACAAUUUACUGAUAAUGGUGACGUAACAGAAUUUCCAACAUUCCAAUUAUAA